AUGCGCCUCCCCUACGUCCCCGACCCACCCCCCACUACUACCGAGCAAGACGCCGCCAUCGUCUCCCGCAUCCGGGCCCGCCGCGCCCCGCGCCCUCUCCAAGCACUCGACCUCACCCUCCUGCACUCCCCUCCCGUCGCCGACGGCUGGAACUCCUUCCUCGGCGCCGUCCGCACCCGCACCUCUAUCGCCGACGACAUCAAGGAGCUCGCCAUCUCGCGCGUCGCCGUGUGCAACCGCGCCUGGUAUGAGUGGGGUCACCACGCUCCCCUCGCCGUCAAGGCCGGUGUGAGCGAGGCGGUUAUGGAGGUGGCUAAGAGGCAGGAGCCGCUGAGCAGGGAGGAGAGGCCUGAGGGCGUGAGUGAUAAGGAGUGGGCUGUUCUUGUGUAUACGGAUGAGAUGACGAGGAAGGUUGAGGUGGCGGAUGAGACGUUUGCUCUUGUCAGGGGGCUGUUUAAUGACCAGGAAGUGGUAGAGAUUACGGCUACCAUCGCUUGCUACAACUGCGUAAGCCGAUUCUUGGUAGCAUUAGAUGUCGGAGAGAGGAACGGUCUUGGUCCGGAUGCGGUUGCCCAUUAA